AUGGCUCGUCAAAAUUUUAUUGGGAUGGUCAUCUCCCAAGGGAAGAUGCAGAAGACUGUGAAAGUUCGUGUUGAGACCAAAGUUUUCGAUAAGAGAAUCAACAAAGAGUUGUUCCAUAGGAAGGAUUAUUUGGUUCAUGAUGAAUCUGAGGUUUCUCGUGAAGGGGAUUUAGUACGUAUUGAAGCUACGAGACCUUUGUCCAAGAGAAAGUUUUUUUCCGUUGCUGAAAUUAUCAGAAAUAAAGGUCAACAAUUUGCUUUAUUCCAAGAACAGGCCAAGAUCAACGUUGCCAGCGAGGAAAACGAGAAGACUAAGGCCUUUUUAGAAAGGAGAGAACGUAAACAGGGUGUGGAAUCGACACUUUUGAAUGAUGUUCGUGUAUUACAGAAGGCUUAUACAGAUGGUACCGAGGAUUCUGCCGCAGUUAAAGAGAUUAAGAGCCGUUACGGAAUUGAUAAGUUUAGUCCGGAAUCCUUGAAGCAAAUAUUACAGUUGGAUAUUCUCAAGAUUGAAACCCAAGUGAAACAACAGCAGCAGAAGAUCGAUGCUAUUACAGAAAAAUUGGCAGAGUAUACCAAGAACGAAUCCUUGGCUAAUGAAUUUUUACUAUCGAAAGGUUUGGAGAAUCCUCAACUGUUGAAGAAGAAUAUCAAGAAGAACAUCUUGAGAAAGCACAUACUCGAGGAACUCAACGUAUGA